CCUCUCUCUGUAUCCGCUAAUCAUGUUUCGCUUUGGGCGGGCUCGACGCGCAACAUACCAUUAGAAAAACACAUCCUGAGUGGAAGUGUUUGACAUGAGGAUAAAGGCAACUGUCAGUCUGAGACGUCAAUAGAUUCACGAAGACGGAUAACUGUACAAAAAUGUCAACAAAGGACGUAUUUGUCAGAUGCCGAAUCUGAUUUUGGGUAUUGUCGCGGCUGUCCAUUUCCAAACGGAAACCACAGCUAGCUUCUGUACUGGACAGCAAGCACCCGCUAGCUAGUUAGCUUAUUCUCGAUUCCAGGACACGUCUCUUCAUUUAAAAUACAAAACUGAAUGUUGUUUCAGUCAUGAGUCCAGCCGGGUGCUCACAUGUGAACGCUUAUAAGGUGGACAAUUGGAGGCAAAACCUACGAGUCAUAUAUCAAUGCUUUGUUUGGAGCGGGAGUGCUGAAGCCAGGAGACGAAAGGUGCUUCAGAAUGAUGUGAGAUGGACAGCAUUGGCCAAAUCAUGUAUCUGUCACAUGUGCGGCGCCCACCUGAACCGGCUCCACUCCUGUCUCUCCUGCGUCUUCUUCGGCUGCUUCACCAAGAAACACAUCCACGAGCACGCCAAAAACAAACGACACAAUCUAGCAAUAGACUUAUUAUAUGGUGGAAUAUAUUGUUUUGUGUGCCAAGACUACAUAUACGACAAAGAGAUGGAACAGAUUGCCAAAGAAGAACAGAGGAAAGCCUGGAAAUUGCAAGGUGUAGGGGAGAAAUAUUCGACGUGGGAGCCUACGAAGCGAGAGCUGGAGUUAUUACGGCACAAUCCAAAGCGAAGGAAAAUCACUACAAACUGCACCAUUGGUUUACGAGGGUUGAUCAACCUGGGCAACACGUGCUUCAUGAACUGCAUCGUCCAGGCCCUCACCCACACCCCCCUGCUGCGCGACUUCUUCCUGUCCGACAGGCACAAGUGUGAGAUGCAGUCCAACUCCUGUCUGGUGUGUGAGAUGUCACAGCUCUUUCAGGAGUUCUACUCGGGCCACCGUUGGCCCCACAUUCCCUUCCGGCUGCUGCACCUGGUGUGGACUCACGCACGUCACUUAGCGGGCUACGAGCAACAGGAUGCCCACGAGUUCCUCAUCGCAGCGCUGGACGUGCUGCACCGCCACUGUAAAGGAGACACCGCCCGAGACGACAACGGGAAGAAGGCCAACAAUCCAAACCACUGUAGCUGCAUCAUUGACCAAAUUUUCACUGGCGGACUCCAAUCAGACGUCACCUGUCAAGUCUGCCACGGUGUGUCCACCACGAUAGACCCAUUCUGGGACAUCAGUCUGGACCUGCCGGGCUCGUCCACUCCCUUCUGGCCCCUUAGCCCCGGGGGAGACGGCUCAACGGUCAACGGAGAUAGCCAUCUUUCAGGGGCCACCACGCUCACAGACUGUCUACGCAGGUUCACUCGGCCUGAGCAUCUAGGAAGCAGUGCCAAAAUCAAAUGUGGCGGUUGCCAUAGUUACCAGGAGUCCACCAAACAGCUGACGAUGAAGAAGCUCCCCAUCGUGGCGUGUUUCCAUCUCAAACGGUUUGAACACUCUGCCAAACUGAGGAGGAAGAUCACCACCUACGUCUCCUUCCCUCUAGAGCUGGACAUGACACCUUUCAUAGCUUCCAGUAAGGAGAGCAGGAUGAAUGGCCAGUAUCAACAGACAGUAGAAGUAUUAAACAACGACAAUAAGUAUUCUCUGUUUGCGGUGGUGAACCACCAGGGCACCCUGGAGAGUGGUCACUACACCAGCUUCAUCCGCCAACACAAGGACCAGUGGUUCAAGUGUGACGACGCCAUCAUUACGAAGGCCAGCAUCAAGGACGUGUUGGACAGUGAAGGGUAUCUGCUGUUCUAUCACAAGCAGUUCCUGGAGUAUGAGUAGCCUUACCUUGUAGACCGCUGGCUCUGCGGAGAACCAACCAAUGACUGUGGAACAGAGGACGAUAAAACACGAACACACAAACCUACCUGAAACUCUGACUAUACCAGUUACUACUACCCCCCCUGACAGGGGUGACAGUCUAACAUAAACAAUGACUAAUAGUGAAAAAUCAUGCAAAACUUGUUCAAAAACAGCACUGAGCUCCCGGCAUCUACUUGACACAACUGAAUGGAGAAAGAGAAUGAGGAAAAGUGGAGUGGUGUGGGUGGGAAGGAGCCCUCCCUCUCUCUCCCUCACUCCGCCCCUUUUCUGACGUUGGGGCGGAGCCUUGUCGAGAGUGAUUGACAGUUCUGUGGAGAGGAAGUAGGAGGGAAGAGGGCACAGUGGGACUCAAACCCCCAAAACUACAGUAUUGAAUUGUGAAUUAUUGUUUCAUGGUGCUCUCGUUUCCACUGAAAAGCAUUUACCAUACAGUCACGAUGGGAGGAGACUGUCCAACGUCUUCAUAUGCAUACACAACUAAAUGUCACGAUGGGAGGAGACUGUCCAACGUCUUCAUAUGCAUACACAACUAAAUGUCACGAUGGGAGGAGACUGUCCAACGUCUUCAUAUGCAUACACAACUAAAUGCAAAAAAUAUAUAUACUUCAACAGCAAAACAAAGUAUGGUAUUAUUUAAAAUAAAAUAGCAAACAAGAUCUAGUUAUGAUUCUUAUCAUUUGAAUUUAGUUCUGGAAUAUGCUGUAUGAUCCUCGAGUACAUCUAUUUUUUUAAAGAGGAAAAGUGAGAGAACUGAGAGCACGAGACGCCAUCCUUGCUAGUUUCCUGGUAAACAGCCAAACAUGAAAAAUGGACUUGGAUCAAACUGAACGUACCCAUGUUCAAACUAUUUUUUUGUUGAUUAUUUUCUUGUUUCAUUUUGGUUGAGGGCAAGGGAAUAUCUAUUUUUUUAUUUAGCGACUCGUUCAUUGAAAUUCUUUGUGUACCAUUUCUUUCCAGUGUCCACGUUAAUCUCAUCGUUCUGUUUUGUUGCGGUGCAGUAAUGUCCCUUCCUUGCUGUCAUGGUACCUUCAGAAGACGUUAUUUCGAUGUAGUAUUCUUUAUCGUGGAAAGUGUUGUUGGCUAUAUAAUGAUGGUGGUGAUUUAAAUUGGCUCACUUUUGGCUGUUGACAUUUUUGAGCUAUAGGUUUCUAUAGGUUUCUUGUGGCAUUAUGAAGUAGAGGCAAUUCUCUGUAGCUUGGUCCCAGAUCUGUUUGUGCUGUCUUGCUAAAACUCUUAUAGUAGCUGGUAAGCCAUCACAAACAGAUCUGGGACCAGGCCAUGGCUAUCAGACUGCUGUGGGUCUUUUUAGAAGACCUCUGCAACACAGUAGGGUGGAUACCUGGGGCAAAUCGCUUGCUAUUCCCCAUAUACUGCAGAGACAAAUGUAGUUCUCUAGGGAAUAGUGGGCCAUUUCAAACACAGACCUCUAGAGUCUGUCAACUAAAGCGAUGUGCUAACGUAAGCCUACUGCAACACAGCUGUGCAGGUCUAGGGCAAAACUGAAAUGGCUCACUAUUCCCUAUAUAGUGCACUACUUUUUAAUUCUGUCCAAUAGUUGUGCACUACAUAGGGAAUAGUGUGCCAUUUUGGGCGCAUGUCCGUCUCUGUCUUAAUGACGCCUUGGGCAAUAAUACCUCGACGCCUACACCUCUUCUGUUACAAGACUCCGUUGACUGAUUUGUGUACUGUUGUUUGGGGGGGGUAAAUGGCGAUGAUGAAGGAUUGCACGUACACGGUGGCGCUGUCUGUUUGCUGCACACUCUCCAGCUUUUGAAUCCAUCAGUGUUCUCUUAAUAUCCACAACAACAACCACAUGUGGCUUGUUCAGACCAAGGUUGUGUUCAUUAGGCACCAAAUAGAGAACUCACAAACGGGGAGGGACUGCUUGGGCUUGUCCAAUGAGAAACGCUAAUUUAAAUGUUCCGUGGCAAAACGUUUUAAAACGUUAUCCAUUGCGUGCCCUGAUGUGCACGACCCAAUGUGACUUGUGGUAGGUUGCCUCUGCAGUGCAGUAACACAGUGCUCUAUCCUAUCAGUAUGCUGUCUGAAUUCUGAGUCUAAAAAGAAAGAACACAAAUGUGUUGUUGGGUAAUUUAUGUUUGAAUAUCACUGUGUAUGUAAAGUUUUAAAAAAGAAAUGUGGGAAAAUGUAUACCACAUUGAUACCGCAACACUUUGGGUCUGGUCCAGCUGCUCGGGAAACAAACAAACAAUACAAAUAAAUCAAACAUAUCUAUCCUCUGGUCUGGUACAGAUAGUCCAUUACUGAACCCUGAGCCAGAACAGAGAAAUCACACGUUUAAAUGGUCGCACCACCAAGGCUUCCGAUGAGAAGAGCGCCACCCAGAGGUCAUUCAGGAACGCAGCCCUAACGUGUAAGAAGGUGAGAGGAGAGACAUUGUCCGUUUCAGUGAUUUUAAACUCAACAAAACUCACGCGGUCCUUUUUUUCUCUUUAAUUAGAACAUACUCUGUCUCCAUUGCCUGAUUUCUUCCGUUUCAAAUCUAUUCCAUCUUUUCUCUAGUGUAGUGUGCAGUUUUGUGGUGUUGAAUGACAACAUUUGGAUAGAAAUGCAUUUAGUAGAAAUGAAUGUCCGAUAGAAUGAAUAGCUGACAUCAUUUCCUAUUCUAUCUUUAAAGCUCAGUGUUUCCCGUCACUGAAUACAUCCCUGUAGGUAAACCACCAACACAGAGACAGAAGAUGGAGAACUGCCUGCCACAGAUGUGGAUACUAGUUUCCCUGAAGCCCUCUAUAGUGUAGUUUGGGGCAGCAGGGAGCCUAGUGGUUAGAGAUCCUCCGUGAGCACAGCUGUGUACGUCAUCCAUUUCGUAUGUUACGUUACGAAUGUGUUUGUGCUUAAGAUCCCGUUCAAGCUCUUUUAAUGCAUGAUGCUUACUAACUUGUUUCUCUUGCUGUGUCAUUCUGUUUCCCUGAAGCCCUCCAUAGUAGUUAGACUCGUUCCAAUAGAUCCUAGUGGAGUCCAUAACCUCAUGGUGGUUUUAGGAAAUGUCAGUUUAGAUGGCAUAUUAUGCCUUACCUCAUUCUCAGGUCCUGCAGCCUAAUCAUUGACCACUCCCACUGUUUGGGUCUACAGUCGUAGCCCAAGGUUUUGAGAAUAACACAAAUAUUAAUUUUCA